AUGACGUGCGAGAUCGCAGCUGCAGUUGCCUUCAUCUCCAAGUUCCUCCGCACCAAUGGGCUCACAAGCGAAGAGCAGCUGCAAACCUUUAGCCAGACCCUGCAGGAGCUGUUGGCAGAACAUUAUAAACACCACUGGUUUCCAGACGUGCCAUACAAGGGAUCAGGUUACCGUUGUAUUCGCAUCAAUCAUAAAAUGGAUCCUUUAAUUGGACAGGCUGCCCAGAGCAUUGGAAUGAGCAGUCAGGAGCUGUUUAGGCUUCUUCCAAGUGAACUCACACUCUGGGUUGACCCUUAUGAAGUGUCCUACAGAAUUGGAGAAGAUGGCUCCAUCUGUGUGCUGUAUGAGGCCGCACCCGCAGGAGAGGGCGCUCAGAACAGCUCUGACAUGCAAACGGGAGACAGCAGAAGCAGCUGUAAGGAGGAACUACUUCUGCGGAGAACCAGCCCUUCUAAACCGUGCAAUAUGAUGACUGUACCUACAUAA